AUGACGCAAAAAGGCAGCGGAUUCAAGAGCAGCACCAUGGAGGACCAGCAACCUUACUAUACAAUCCGCUCUCGGAGGCCUGCUGGUGGAAAUGGGACGAGGCAAGGAGAGUUUCUCCCCGCGAGUGCAUCUGUCGAUGGAUUCGCAAGAUCGGCGACACACGAAAUCAGCCGCACCAGCUUCCACGUGAAACAUAUCGGCGCUUUUGCCCGGAGACUCGAAGAUUCAGCAGCUCGGGCAUUUCCAAACAGGGGCCGCACUUCGCAGAGGUACAAACAGGUCCAGGCGCUUCUCUUGCACUGGGGCUCCGAUGACCUCUUUGUCCUUCCGGAACUGGAAGAUCUUGAAAGGUGUCUUCGGCUGGACUAUGCAUUCGGAACCGAUGUAUUUGCCAUACCCUCGGAAAACUCGCAUUUGGAGCUGAUGAUGCGCGUUGGCCAACUCAUCAAAGAAUACGAGUCACAGGAUACCCUUUUCCUGAUUUACUACGGUGGACACGCACGCAUUGAUGAGUCAAGACAAAGCACUUGGUGCGCAACCCGUCAUGCGGAAUCUCCAUGGCUACAAUGGUCCGCUAUCCAGACAUUGCUUGAGCGAUCCAAGUCAGAUGUUUUAAUCCUCCUGGACUGCUGUGCUGGGGCUGCCAGCGCAACCUUUCCCAAUGGUAACAGCAUCACCGAGACAAUCUCCGCUUCAAGUUGGGAUGCCAUUGCUCCAGAUCCCGGGCGCUACUCUUUCACAAAUGCUCUGAUCGAGGUUCUUCAAGAAUGGCGCCUACGAAGCUUCUCGGCUGCCAUGCUUCACGCCGAGGUCUUGGCACGCCUCAAACAUCCUCGUCCCAUUACCAUCAACGGCAAGCAUUUCGAAGCACGGUCAACGCCGGUUCAUUUCAUGAUGACGGCCAACCACAAAGCCCCCAGCAUUGAAAUGACACGAUUACUCGCCCCCGAGAAAGCCACAGAGCCGAUGGCCUCUGGUCACGCACCGUCAACACCAACAGGGCGAGCCGCGGACUCGGCGGAUUUUGUUGCUGCUGAGCUCGUGCCAAGCGAGCCUAACGAGGACUCACCUCAUGUCAUGAUAUCCCUGGCACUUGAAGACGACCAGCGGCUCGAUAUCAAUGCCUGGGAGCAGUGGCUGAAUGCUUUCCCCGCCAUGGCAAAGUACGUCAAGGUUCAAGGCGUCUUCAAGAGUCAUUCGACCAUGAUGCUCCUUUCCAUGCCCGUCAUGGUCUGGGAUCUCUUGCCUGAAGAUCCCGCCGUAUCAUUUGUCGCAUUCAUUCGGUCCAAUAACUUGGCUCUUCAGAAACAGCAACUACCCCAGCGCAUGGUUGUCCCGUCCUCUGUCCGCCAACCCCAAGGAGAGCUCAUCAACGACACGUCUUCUUUUGUUACUGGCGUGUCGGGUACAACAGUUGCUGCUACAGAGCACGUGUCUGUCCAGCCCCCCUUCUGGCUGGCAGCAUAUGGUUCCUCCUCAAGAGAGCCUGCGUAUGGCAGCUCACGUAUUGCGUCUGCAAGUCAACCGACCACGCCGGGGAGGCCAGCCUCUCCGCCAUCUUCAUCCCCAGGCAGUCUUCAGUGGUCAGUGAGACCAGUUGCUUCUAGCGCAUCACUCACGUCCCUACAGCGGCAGGCAACCGGCCCCCCCGUGAGCGGCAGCAGCACCAUGAUUUCUCGGCAAAUGGUCAUGAAUCAGCAGCAAUCCAUGAGAAGGACCACGUUCGGCGACAACGUCCCCGAGCCGAAGAAAUUCGCCGCCCACGUGGAGCGGCGACUGGAAGAGUACUAUCAGGAGGAGCCGCUGCCCAACGAUGCCCAGAGUGCUUUUAUAGCGUCAAAUUUGGGCAUUGAACCACGGCACCUCGAAGUGUGGUUCCAUCAUCGCCGGGAGAGGGAUUCGAUAUCCCACAAACUCGCCACCAUGAAGCUCAAGGACGCCGUAUACGAGGCCAGCCACGGGCCGAGAAUGAUUCUAGCCGCCGAUCUGAGCCGACUGCUGGAAAUCGCCCUACCCGGAGACGCACUUCUAUUUGACCUCAGAUCACCUGCCGAAUAUGAGCGAUCCCAUAUCUUCAGAGCAAUCCAUCUUCGCAUUCCAAGAAGUGUCCUCCGGUCCGCGCCCCUCGAACUGAUUGAGCGUGCCAUCCCCGACGAGCAGGGAAGGAGACAGCUAACACAAUGGCCCGCGGCCAAGUGUAUCGUCUUCUACGGACGCGGGCUGGAAUACCCCUGGGAGUGCCCGGUGGCCGACCUCGUCGCUCAAAAGUUGUGGAAACACGGCUGGGUGGGACGGUGUUUCAUCCUACGCGGCCAUUACCGAGAAUUCUGCCAGUCCUUUGCCAAGCACAUCGUCGGUGCCAAGAUGACACAAGGUGCCGAGGAUUGGGUUAGCGGCCAAGCCACAGUCCGGGCGACAGACACGGACAGGCAAACGAUUGAGCAGCAGUACUCGGCUUGGCUGGACCGCGUAGAGAACGAGGACCGGGCACGUCCAUUGUCCGCAUCUCCCACACAGACGCUGGAGCGGUUUGAGGCGCUGGAGAGGCAGGAGAAGGACGUCGAGGCCGAGUUCAAGGCUCGCUGCGGCGCUCUGUUCGGAAAAGCCGCGGCCGGGGAUGACCUGAUUGCCAAGGCCAGCAUGGUGGAAUAUCUUGACCGUGUGCUAGAGAAGCUGCGCUGCGUGCAGGAUGUUCCGCCAACGUCGUUCCCCUCUCGCCUUGCAAAGUUGCCCUCGGAAGACUACGGCGAGGGAUGCUUCGGCAAGCGACAAGAGCAGGACUUUGAGGCGGAGUACGUCGAGGUGAUCAAAGACAGCCCGGCGGAGGUAGCGUCCGUCUCUGGAAUCCCAGACUCCCCAGAGUCGAACUCGCCCGCGGAUCACUCGGGCCUACGCGGGGGCGGCCUCCUGCACAAGAUGUUCCGGAGGUGA